CUAACCAGCGUGUGGGAUUCUCAAACCUCCAUUGCUUCUCUCCCUCACGAGGUCUUUAUAAAUAGGACCCCAACAGUCAGCCUUGAGCAAUAAAAACAAAACCAAUAAAAGCCUUUCCCAAUCUAAUAUGUCAGCCAUACCAUUUGUUUUCUCCGUCCUAAUCCUUCAACUCCUCUUUGCCUCACAACAAUGUCACCGUUUCCUCGCCGCCGCCGCCGACGGUCGAUGGCAACUUCUACAAAAAAGCAUUGGCGUCUCCGCCAUGCACAUGCAACUCCUCAGGAAUGACCGUGUUGUUGUGUUUGAUAGGACUGAUUUUGGCCCGUCCAAACUGCCGUUGCCAAACGGGAAAUGCCGCAAUGACCCAUCUGACACUGCUCUUAAAGUGGAUUGCACGGCUCAUUCAGUUGAGUACGAUGUUUUAACCAAUACGUUCAGGCCUCUUAUGGUUCAAACCGACGUUUGGUGCUCUUCAGGGGCUAUCAUGCCGAAUGGUAAUUUGGUCCAAACCGGUGGUUUUAAUGACGGCGAACGACGGGUUAGGACUUUUAGCCCAUGCAGCACCUGCGAUUGGCAAGAGACACCAAAUGGAUUGGCGGCCAAAAGAUGGUACGCCUCCAACCAUAUCUUACCAGAUGGAAGACAAAUUGUUGUCGGUGGUCGGAGACAAUUUAAUUACGAGUUCGUUCCUAAAACUAUUACCGCCAACACGUUCAGUUUGCCUUUCUUGUCGCAAACCAGUGAGAGAGGAGUUGAGAACAACCUCUACCCUUUUGUGUUUCUUAACGUUGAUGGGAACUUAUUUAUUUUCGCCAACAAUCGAGCUAUUUUGCUUGAUUAUAUGAAAAACAAAGUAGUGAAGACGUAUCCAACAAUUCCAGGCGGCGAUCCAAGAAGCUACCCGAGCACUGGUUCGGCCAUUUUGCUUCCACUGAAGAACUUGAAAGCGGCAGCCAUUCAAGCUGAAGUAUUGGUUUGUGGGGGUGCUCCAAAAGGAUCUUAUGUUCAAGCUGUACGUGGGAAGUUCAUUGGAGCCUUGAAUACUUGUGCCAGGAUCAAAAUAACCGACCCGAAUCCACAGUGGGUCAUGGAGACCAUGCCUUUAGCUAGAGUUAUGGGUGACAUGAUAUUGCUCCCGAACGGCAAUGUCUUGCUCAUCAAUGGAGCAGGUUCAGGAACAGCAGGAUGGGAAUUGGGUCGGAACCCGGUUUUGAACCCGGUAUUGUACAAGCCUGAUAACAAAAUUGGGACACGGUUCGAGACACAAAAUCCGACAACCGUUCCACGUUUGUACCAUUCCACAGCCGCAUUGCUUCGUGAUGGCAGAGUUUUAGUAGGAGGAAGCAAUCCCCACGCAUUUUACAACCUCACGGGUGUUCUUUUCCCUACUGAACUAAGCUUAGAGGCAUUCUCUCCGGCAUAUUUAGACACUAAAUUCAACAACAUAAGACCCACAAUCACUGCUCCAAAGUCAAUGUCCGGAAUCAAAUACGGCACAAAAUUAACUGUUCGAGUGGUGAUUACCGGAAAAGUAGCUAAAAACCAGGUGUCGGUAACAAUGGUGGCGCCGGCUUUCAACACACAUUCAUUCUCUAUGAAUCAAAGGUUGCUUGUACUUGGAAACGACAAGGUGGUGGCUUUGGGGAAAGCAACGUAUGACAUUGAUGUCACGACACCACGUUCGGGUAAUCUUGCGCCGUCAGGGUUUUAUCUUUUAUUUGUGGUCCAUCAAGGCAUUCCCAGCAAAGGCAUUUGGGUCAAAUUGCAGUAGCAGUAAAGAAAAAUGCUUAUGCUUUAGACUUUAUAUGUUCAUAAAGAUUUUAUCUUCCCGUGUGUAUAAUCUGACAUAGUUGGUUGCUUUUAUAGAACUUGUAUAUACCAUGUUGUAUCAAUAAAUGUCCUUUACAGACAAAAGUGUGUAUUUACAAAGGAUUUGAAUUUAUCAUAUUCACUUUGUGUUCCAACA